AUGGCAUCCAAUAAUGAUGAUAAUCUUGAUCAAAAUGAUUCCGAACGUGAUUUAUAUGCUAUAUUACAUAUUAGUAGAGAUGCAGAUACAACUACAAUUCAACAAGCUUAUCGUCGAUUAACACUUCUUUAUCAUCCUGAUAAACAUCAAGAUUUACGUACUAAACAAUUAGCUAUGAAUUUAUUUAUUCAAAUUAAAAAUGCUUAUGAUAUUUUAAAUGAUCCAGAAAAACGUGCUAUAUAUGAUAUUAUUGGAAUGAAAGGUUUAAAAACUGAAGGAUGGGAAAUAAUAACUCGAACAAAAACAUCUCGUGAAAUUCUUGAUGAAUAUGAACGUCUUAUAAAAGAACGUGAAGAAAAACGUUUUAAUCAAAUAACAAAUCCAAAUUCGUCUGUAUAUGCAACAAUAAAUUUAACAGAUAUAUUUAUAAAUGAUGGUUUACCAAAAAUUGAAAUAACAGAUUUUAAUGUUGAACAAAAUAUUGAUAUUUCAUUAACAAAUCAAGAUACAACAACAAUAAAUGCUAAUGUUACAAUACGUAAUGGACGUGGUAUAGGAACAUUAACAACAUCAUUUCGACGUAUUUUUUCAGAUUUAUCUUGGUUUCGUAUUGAUUUAAUAUUUGGUCAACGUCCUUAUAUUGGACUUUAUUAUUUUCGUCGUAUAACACAAAAACUUCAUGCAAAUGUUCAUACAACAUUUAGUUUAAUUAAAAAUCGUAAAACUAUAAUUACAUCGGGUUUUAUUUUUUCAUUAAAUUAUCAAUUAACACAUAAUUUAACAAGUAGUUUACAAUGGAAAACAGGUCGAAAUUCAUUUAUGAAAGGUAUAUUACAAUAUGAUAAACAAAAAUGGAUGAUUUCAAGUGCAAUUCAACUUGGAUUUGUUAAUACAUUUGCAGCAAUUGAUGGUGUUUAUAAAUUUCCUGAUAUAUGUAAUCUACGAUGUAGUCUUAAAUUAUUUUUAUUUGGUCCAUGGAUUGAAUAUGGUAUUGAUCGUCAAUUAACUAAACAUACAUAUGGUUCAGCAACAGUUGCAAUCAGUGCAAGAAUGGGUGUACUAUUAAGAUUAAAAUUUAUUCGUGGUAGUCAAACAUUCACAAUUCCAUUACCAUUAUCUCAAGAUAUUUUACCAAGUGCUAUAUUUUAUGCAACAAUUGUACCUACUCUUGCAUAUCUUAUAUUUGAUCGAUUGAUUAUUCAACCAUAUGUUCGAUUAGAAGAAGAACGUGAACAAAAAAAACGUGAAGAUGAAGUACGUGAAAAACAAGUUGAACGUCGACGUGAAGCAAUGAAUGCUCAAGAAGUUCUUCGAUCAUUUGUUGAACAAAUAAAAGAAAAAGAAGGUUCACAUGGUUUAAUUAUUCUCGAAGCAUAUUAUGGUCAUUUAUUAACAUCAAUAAUAAAUGAAUCAUCAUUAAAAAUAAUUGAUGUUCGUAUACCAUUACAAACAUUAGUUAAAGAUUCAACAUUAAAAAUUGAAACAACAGUAUCAAAAUCAAAUUUAACUGGUUUUUAUGAUCCAUGUAUAGGUGAAGAAAAAUUCUUAUUUAUUAAAUAUUCAUUUCAUUCACAUAUACAUACAGUUACAUAUAAAGAUACAGAUCCUAUUAUAUUACCAAAUCGAAUUGAUCUUUGA